UUUACAUGCAGUUUUGUAACAGCAUGGUCGCAAAGACAGUGCCUCAACUUGUUAGAGUCAUUAUCUUUACAGAACUAAACCUCUUUUUCUAAAAUACAGUGGGUAUCUUUGGAAUUGAAGGAUGAAUAGGUUGCCCACUGAAGACGUGAGCGCGAAUGCAAAUGGACAUAAAAAGCAUUCAAUUGAAACUCUGGAUGAGAAAGAGAAAAAAGUUAAACUGGGGAAGAAAGUGACACUUCUUUCUGGGACUUCAGUCAUCGUUGGGACCAUCAUUGGAGCUGGGAUCUUCAUAUCUCCAAAAGGAAUCCUGAAAAACUCAGGCAGUGUUGGAAUGUCUCUCAUUGUGUGGAUUUCUUGUGGUGUGCUUUCACUCUUUGGAGCCUUGUCCUAUGCAGAACUGGGAACUUGUAUUAAGAAGUCGGGUGGACAUUACACAUACUUACUGGAAGCCUUUGGUCCACAUUUGGCUUUUAUUAAAUUGUGGACUGAUCUCAUUGCUAUCAGGCCUGCUGGGAUGGCAGUCAUCAGUCUGGCUUUUGGCCAGUACAUACUGGAGCCUAUGUUCAUGCCCUGUGAUGUUCCACCUACUGCUGUCAAACUGGUAACAGCUGUUGGACUGACUUCUGUAAUGUACACAAAUAGUAUGAGUGUGACAUGGACAGCACGGAUUCAAAUCGUCUUCACCAUCUGCAAGCUGGUGGCCAUCACCACAAUUAUAGUUCCAGGACUAUACCAGUUGUUCAAAGGGGAGACGCACAACUUUGAGAAUACCUUUGAACUAAACAAUGUGAAGCUGUCAACGCUACCUCUGGCUUUGUACUCCGGGAUGUAUGCAUACUCUGGCUGGUUCUACUUAAAUUUUGUUACAGAGGAAGUCGAUCACUCUGAGAGGACAGUGCCCUUGGCUAUAUGUAUCUCCAUGGCAAUUGUAUCAACAUGCUAUGUGCUGACUAAUGUGGCCUACUAUACAGUGAUGUCUGUUGAGGAGAUCCUUGCCUCCGAAGCAGUAGCUGUGACAUUUGCAAAGAAGGUGAUGGGGAAUUUUUCAUUUGCAGUGCCAGCAUUUGUGGCUUUGUCGUGCUACGGCUCCAUGAAUGGUUCCCUCUUGGUCAUUUCAAGAAUGUUCUUGGUGGCAUCACGUGAAGGACAACUACCCGACGUUUACUCCAUGAUUCAUGUUCGCAGAAACACUCCAAUACCUGCCGUCCUCAUACUGUAUCCGAUGACCAUGCUCCAGCUAUUUCUGGGAGACAUCUACAGCCUGUUAAACUUCAUGAGCUUUCUGCGGUGGUUAUCUAUUGGUGUGGUCGUACUUGGAUUAAUCUAUCUUCGAUACACCCAACCUGACCUCCCACGCCCCUUCAAGGUACCGAUUAUCAUCCCCAUGGUGUUUAGCCUUACUUGUUUCUUCAUGGUCUUCCUCUCGCUAUACUCUGACCCAGUCAACACAGGCAUUGGAUUUGCCAUUUCCCUGACAGGGAUCCCAGCUUACUACAUCUUUGUACACUUCAACUGGAGGCCUAAAUGGUUGCAAAAUGGUUUAGAUUCUAUCAACAGAAGCUUGCAGAUUCUCCUAGAAGUGGUUCCCGUUGAGCAAUAAUUUCAACUACAUCCCGAAAUCUUUGGUCUGACCACAUAUUGCAGCUAGUCUGCUGUCAAAAAUUGAGUUCAACCAAGUGUAUUGUACAACCAAGAUUCAAACAUAACAUUUUUCUUUGCUGCGAAUGAGCUUUUGUGUGUAUUACAUAAGCACCAGUCUUUGAAUACCUUUAGUAAACAACAUAGUUGUUUUUUAAAACCACAAAUCUAGAAUACUAACAAUAGUGAGAUGGAAAAAAUCUUUUUCUUGUAUUACUAAUUGUUUUGUGGUUGUUUGUUUUUCAAAUCAACAUUUUUAUUUUUUACAUUGUUU